GAGGCAGUUUUUAGGCCUUAGGCCCGGCGGGCCGGGGCGGGGGAGACGCGCCCAGCAUUCGCCUUCCCGGGCGCGUGCGGUCCUCUUGGGACCUCGCCGGCGACCCGUAGCUCGGGCACGCGCCUGUCGCAGCCCGCAGGAAGGAGGGGUCCGGCCUGAGGCCCGGGGCGGCGGCCGCCAUGGAGAUCCCCUCGGCCCAGGGCCGGCGGCUGGGGCCUCGGGGGCGGCCCUGACCGCCCUCCUCCCCGCCGAGGCCGGGUCGCGGACGUGCCCCCUGCGGCCUUCGGCCACCUCUGCGUCUCCGCCCUCCCCGGGCCGCGCUGCUGCGUGGGCGCGGCGGCGGCGGCGGCGCCCUGUUGAAUGGGCUGUGAGGGCCCGGGUUUGAGGCGCUGGCGAACGCGGCCUCCGGGGGCGCAAGGCAGCAGCAGCGGUGGCGACCAAACGGGUGUUGGAGUUGGCGGCGGCCAUGGAGGGCCUGGCUGGCUAUGUGUACAAGGCGGCCAGCGAGGGCAAGGUGCUGACCCUGGCCGCCUUGCUUCUCAACCGGUCUGAAAGCGACAUCCGCUAUCUGCUGGGCUAUGUCAGCCAGCAGGGAGGGCAGCGCUCCACGCCCCUCAUCAUCGCAGCCCGCAAUGGGCACGCCAAGGUGGUGCGCUUGCUGUUAGAACAUUACCGGGUGCAGACUCAGCAGACUGGCACCGUCCGCUUCGACGGGUAUGUCAUUGACGGUGCCACCGCUCUUUGGUGUGCAGCAGGAGCCGGCCAUUUUGAAGUCGUUAAACUUCUAGUCAGCCAUGGAGCCAACGUGAACCACACCACAGUAACCAACUCAACCCCCCUGCGGGCAGCGUGCUUUGACGGCAGACUGGACAUUGUGAAAUACUUGGUUGAAAAUAAUGCCAACAUCAGCAUUGCCAACAAAUACGACAACACCUGCCUGAUGAUUGCAGCAUAUAAGGGCCAUACCGAUGUGGUCAGAUACCUUUUAGAACAGCGUGCUGAUCCCAACGCUAAAGCGCAUUGUGGGGCCACAGCACUGCACUUUGCGGCUGAAGCCGGGCAUAUCGAUAUCGUGAAAGAGCUGAUAAAAUGGCGUGCUGCUAUAGUAGUGAAUGGCCAUGGGAUGACGCCCUUAAAAGUAGCUGCCGAAAGCUGUAAAGCCGAUGUCGUCGAACUGUUGCUCUCUCAUGCUGAUUGUGACCGAAGAAGUCGGAUUGAAGCUUUGGAACUCUUGGGUGCCUCCUUUGCAAAUGACCGUGAGAACUAUGACAUCAUGAAGACGUACCACUAUUUAUAUUUAGCCAUGUUGGAGAGGUUUCAAGAUGGUGAUAACAUUCUGGAGAAAGAGGUUCUCCCACCAAUCCAUGCUUAUGGGAAUAGAACUGAAUGUAGAAAUCCUCAGGAACUGGAAUCCAUUCGGCAAGACAGAGAUGCUCUUCAUAUGGAAGGCCUUAUAGUUCGGGAACGGAUUUUAGGUGCUGACAAUAUUGAUGUUUCCCAUCCCAUCAUUUACAGGGGAGCUGUUUAUGCAGAUAACAUGGAAUUCGAACAGUGUAUCAAGUUGUGGCUGCAUGCCCUGCACCUGAGACAGAAAGUGUGCAUCUCCACCAAAACACAGUGCAGUGAAGAAGAUCAGUGCAAAAUUAACAAGCAGAUCUACAACCUGAUUCACCUUGAUCCCAGAACUCGGGAAGGUUUCACCUUGCUGCAUCUAGCUGUCAACUCGAAUACGCCGGUUGAUGAUUUCCACACCAAUGAUGUCUGCAGUUUUCCAAAUGCACUUGUCACAAAGCUGCUGCUGGACUGUGGUGCUGAGGUGAAUGCUGUAGACAAUGAGGGGAACAGUGCCCUUCACAUUAUCGUUCAGUACAACAGGCCAAUCAGUGAUUUUUUAACCUUGCACUCUAUCAUCAUUAGCCUGGUUGAAGCUGGCGCUCACACUGACAUGACGAAUAAACAGAAUAAGACUCCGCUAGACAAAAGUACCACUGGGGUAUCUGAAAUACUACUUAAAACUCAAAUGAAGAUGAGUCUCAAGUGCCUGGCUGCCCGAGCAGUUCGGGCUAAUGACAUUAACUACCAAGACCAGAUCCCCAGAACUCUUGAAGAGUUUGUUGGAUUUCAUUAAGUGACUGGAUAUGUAAAAUCGUUUAAUGUGGUGCUAAAAGUAAAGGACUUUAAUCACAGACAAUAGAAUUAUGUGUUCGUAAAUUCUCCUUUUCUUUCCACUACCCUUCCUCCCUACCCAUCCUUCCUUAGUUCUGUAUUUGGUCUUUUUGCCUCAUAACGGUUAUUAAUUUCAAAUACACUUUAAACAAAGCCACAUUGUUUAGGUGUAACUAUAAUCUAAGGUAUCUGGAUAUUGGUCACUUAACUUUUUUUUCUUCUUCAGUUUGUGUCUUUUUCUUUCUUAUUGAGGUAUAAUUGAGAUACGUUAUAUCAGUUUCAGGUGUACAACAUAAUGAUUCGACAUUUGUAUUUUUUUUUAAGGAAUGAGUAUAAAAUAUUUUGUUUAUGUAACAAGGGACGUUUAUGAUUUGAAGUUGAUAGUGUUUUAAAAAACUGCCUACAAAAAAGUAUUUCUGUUAAGCCUGUGUCAGCGUGUUAUCCUUGCAGCAGUUUUGAGGAUCUCCUGAAGAAAAACAACUAAAAAGGACCAUUAAAAAUAAUGGGAUACCCAGGUGUUCUGCACAUGCCAAACUGCUGCAGGUAGUUUUCGCUCUUCCAAUAUUUAUGUGGAGUGAUAAAACACAUUAUAACAUCAGGAGGAUUUCAACAAAAAAAUAUAGCUGCAGAUUAAUCUGAAAAUGUGCUAAUUUAAUAAUAGUUACACAUUUGUAAAGUUAAAUCCAUUGAAAUUGUUGCAUUAUGCUGGGUGGUAUAUACAAAGUAGUAAUAAUCUUAAAGCAAUUUUUCAGAGAAUAUUGAUGGACUACUUGCCUUUAGGCUUAAAUUCUAAAAUUCUUUGAAGUCUGUUUUAAUGUAAUUUCUCUAAAUUGCAGCAGUCUGCAUUUGACUCAGCUCACAGACAUGUAAAAAUUACGAAUGCUGUGUUUUCUUAUGAAACAAAUUGUUAUAAUAUAGUUAUGUGUUCUAUUUUUUGUCCCUUUCUCCCUUGCCUCCUGUGUGGUCUCUUCUAAAAUUUGGAAACUGCUUUUCCAGAGGGCAUUGUUUGUGUCCCCCUAAUAAGGUGUUUAUGACGGAUGAAAAGGAACCCAGGAUAUUUGUAAAUUUUUUGCUUUCUUUACCUUGUCCCUUAUAACUAGUAGAAAAAUCACUAGUAUGGUUUAGGAAAUUAAAUGGUUUUGAUGAUAAAAAUAAUUUGCAAUGCUCCUUUGAAGGGUGUUUCUGUGAGAGCUGCAAGUUUUUCAAACACGAAAUGUCACGGAUUCUGAUAGGCUAUGCAGAGGUCUCUGUGUUUUUUCUGUUCUGUUUUAAUGGCAGCAUUUUAACUGUCAGACUAAGUAUUCUGUGAUUAUCUUUUAAGCAUCACAGAAAUUCAAGUAAAAGGUACACACCUAAGUAAAAUUAGCUAUAUCUGUAUUUUUCUCUCUAGUGCCAAAUGAAUGCCUUAGCUACUCAUAGUGCAUGGUACUGUAAGUGAAGACCUGCAGCUUUUUUUUCUUUAAUAAAAAGCAUUGUUAUGUAGUAACAUCAGAUAUAAACUAAAAAAAAAAAACAAAAAAAAAAACCCCAGAAACAACUCCCCCCCAAACUUGUAUGGUUUCAGUGAUCAUUUUAUGUAUGCGUAUUGUUUUGUGAAGUAUAAGAGAAGGGUUGCAGUUGGAUCAGUAGUAAUGACCAAGCCAAAAUUAGCACCUAGGGCCUUAAAUAGUUACCCCACGAAAUGGAAUAGUUUGAAGGGUGGGAGGGAAUGGCAGGUGGGAAGCUUAAAAACUUUUUCCCCCAAGAAUGCAAGAUACUUUUACAGCUACUGUAGUUAUUCUUCAUAUUCUUCUUGUUUCAGCUAGGAAUGUUUUGAUGGUAAAUUCUGUCAUGGUAAUAUAUUUCUGUUUUCCUAACCUGAGGUUUUUAGGAUGGUUUAAAGGGAGGUAUUUGAAUGAGGCCUAAUUUGAAAAUUACCGACCUUGCUCCUCCUGGUAUGAACCAAGGAAACACUACCUUGCUCUUGGCAACUCUCAUGGCCUGAAAGAGAAAAUGCCAUGGCCUCAAGGUGAGUGAAUCCCGCCUUUUCCACAGCUCAGAUCAGACCCUGUGUUUUUCAGACUACGAGGCCCGCUGCUUUGAUAGUCCGAGGAGUGGCUGUGAUACUUGGUAUUCAGUUGGUUCCAUUAUUAAUGUAUGAUUUUUAAACACCAAGACUUAAAAUACCAGAUAAUGUUGCAUGUUUUAAAAACCAUUUCAUCCCUUUGGCUACCCAGGACCAACGCUAUUUUAGAUAUUGCUUAUUUAUAAAAUGAGGAUAAUGAUUAUAUGUACAUAUUCAGACAUCAAAAUUUAAUGACAGUGUUUUUGAGAAGGGAUGAAUGCUGGAGAAAGUAGAACUGCUGAUUGAAAUGCUGACAGUUGGAGAAAGAAUUUGAAGACAGUGGAAUAAACUAUGAACUCUGCUAAUGGUAACAAAUUUUUUUACUAUAGUAUAGUAGUACAUUGUGCACUCUAUUGCUAAGGAUCUAAUUUUGUCUUGUAAAAUGAAUCCAAGUAUGUAUUGUGAAACAUCUGUAUAAAACCAUUCUUGAAACCAGUGAUCUACAUGCCUGUUUUUUAUUUGUUUUGGUAGAAUUAUUUUAAAUACGUUUAGCCUAAUCCUUCCAAAGCUUAAGGUUUUUUUUUUUUUGUUUUGUGUGUGUGUGUGCGUGUGUGUUUUAGGGAAAAUAAAUCGGUAAGAAAGAUAAUAGUUCUGUAUCUCUGCUCACUGAGAACUCUAGGCUGUCUCCGUUUCCAGCUACUUUCUAUUUAUUGUUGGCAGAAAUAUGCUUCGGAUUGUAAGUCUUCCUUGAUACUACAAAUUCGGUCAAAACUUCUUUGCCUUGCUCAGUAAUUCUCCUAUAAAUUUGGCUGAACUAGAGGCCUAGGUGGAUGAAUACCUGGGCAAACCAUGUGAAACCUAGGUGGGUUUUAUACUUUUAAUGGAGUUGGUGAAAUUGAACUCUUGAACUUAGGUAGCUAUUUAACUCAAGGAAAAGGCAGCAAAUCCAUCCCCUCAAUUGAUAAAGAAGGGGGAAAUUUUUGAUGUGAGAACUCUGACACAACAUAGUUUUCUUCAGUCUACCCUGGGUGGCUCUAGCAGGCCACGGUCCAACUACCUUAAGGUUCUUUGCUGUGGGAACUUUAAACACACCAACCAAAAGGCAGGCUUUGGUCUUGCUCAUUUCUGGGAAGGGUUUUGUUGCAUUAUACUGAUAGUUGAUUAAUAACUGAUAAUUAUGAGAAACUUAGGUAUGAUAGCACUGUCUGAAGUAACAUGAUUUGGGAGCAGCAGCUCCCUAAGUAUCAACUCUGCGUUUGGCAAGUGUUUUUAAAAAUUCAGAUCCCAAGGGAACAACACCCUGUCACCAGUCUCCACUGCAGUUUGAGGCAGCUACUUUAUGGAUAAGACCAUUUUGGAUUAUUCACACAGAAGCAUUUCUCUUUUGUAAUGGGGCGGGGUGGGGAGUGAGUUGCUGGAGCUCGGGUUACAGUUUGCUGGGUUUAGAAGCAGCCAGUGAUUGAACUAGUGAGUAGAUGGAUAAGAGUAUAGUAAAGGACUUGUUUUUAUGGUAGCUUUUCUGUAAAAAUCUUACAUGUUCCUUUUUAGGCUAGCCAGGUAUAUCUAUGUACAGAUGACUCUUGUGUUUUCCUGACUGACUAUGCUGUAACAUUAAAGUGGAUUAAAGGAAACAAAACGCUGCCUUUUGCUCUAUGAAAAGUUACUAGUCCAUAAGAUGUUAAGCUGUGUGUUUAUUCCUACUCUGAAAAUGCACGGCUCUGCUCUGGAUACCCUCUCUGGAAGGUAGAAAGCUCCUGGUUAUAUAUGGUACAUCGCAGGGCUUUCUCAUACAUUUCUGGCAGAUUUGCCUGAAUCCUCAGAUGGGCUGGGUUGUAUGUACAGCAUCCCCUCUCCCAAAUGUGGGAUCUGUCAUAAAUACACUGAUAGUGAUGAUAGAUGUAUUAAUUUUUAAAACUGUAAAGUAAAUGUGGUCUCUAGUCCUAGGUUUGUGGUGUGUGCAUUUGUGUUAAUGUGCAGGGAAGGGACGCUGACUUGAUGGUUAUGGGGAGUGUAUCUUGAUGUGUGUGCAGGGGUGAGUAUUGCUAAAUUAUUAACAGCUUUUCAUUUAGGGGUGAGUCAUAUGAUGAGUGGCCUAAUCAGAAAAAUGAAGGAGCGAAGAUGCAAGCUUUGCCAAGUGAUAAAGUAAACAAGGUUUUGUAUCUUUUUUUUUUUUUAUCAGGUGUUGUAAAAUUUGUGCAUGGCUUUUUUUGUUGUGGCUUAUUAGUAAUUGGUAGAGGAGAAAAGAUGAGGAAAACUCCUCAGCUUUGCUAACCAAUCUUUUCAGAGGUACAUAGUUGGGGAGUAAAAUCUGACUGGCCCUAAUGUGUUGAAAAGAUCCUAUCCUUUUUAAUAUUUACCCCAUCCUCUAAUACUUCGUGUAGAAAAACGACGUUGUAUUCUAGUAAUUCACUGUGAUUUAUAACAAACCAGUGAUGUCAUUCUAUUGUGCACUUUUGUCAAACCAUUUACGUGAAUUUAAUAAACAUAGUAAACUUCCUGACUGCACCAGAGGUCUUUUAGUGAUUUAUAUAUUGCAUGACAUUUUCUAUUUGAGUUUGACAUGUAGAAUUAUUUUUAAUUUCGUGGCAAUUGACAGUCCUAAUAGUCCAGCUAAUUUGAAACUAACAAUAUUGCUGUGUAAAAGGAAAAAAAUGGUGUUUGUGUUCAGUAAAUAUUUGAAAAAAAAAAAAAA